UUUUUAGUCACUGAGAGCAUGAAGAGACCCCAAAAGCAAAUUUCAUUUCUUUCUGUUCUUCAUAUUUGCGAGGGUUUACAAUCUCUCUCUAUGAAUCGCUCGCCGUGAACGCGUUCCCGUCCGAUUCCGGCUCCGAUCUCCGAUCAGUCAAUUUUGCAUGGUACAAGCUCGAAGGAGAUGGCAGCUUCGUCACACAACGUGGAGCUGGAAGCAGCCAAGUUUCUGCACAAGCUCAUUCAGGACUCGACUGAUGAGCCGGCCAAACUCGCCACCAAGCUCUAUGUGAUUCUGCAACACAUGAAGUCGAGCGGCAAGGAGCAUUCCAUGCCGUAUCAAGUGAUUUCGAGGGCCAUGGAGACUGUUAUCAAUCAACAUGGCCUUGAUAUUGAGGCUUUGAAGUCAUCACGCAUUCCGUUGUCUGGCGGAGCUCAAAUAGGGUCUUCUCAGGCUGCUGGAGUUGCCAAAGAUACGGGCUUGGCUGAUACUGAGGUGUCUAAGAUGGACCCAUUUUCUUCAAGCAGACCACCUGUUGGACCUAUCAGUACAGGGCAUGACUAUUAUCAAGGAUCUGCAACUCAUCGAAGUAGUCAGUCUUUUGAUCACGAAAGUCCAUCUAGUUUAGACUCUAGGUCUGCCAAUUCACAGUCCCAAGAGAGGCGUGAUACAGCAAACUUGGACAAGCAGGUGCAUCAAAUGGAUGGGAAGAAAGCCACCACUAAGAGGAAGAGGGGUGAGACUUCUGUACCCACAGAAUCACAACCUGAGAACCCUCAAAAUCUUGAUACUAUAGACAGUGUGGUUAAUACGAGGAAGGGGAAAAUGAGCAAAGGUGAACUACCCCCUGGUUUUUCCAUUAAAGGUGGUGAAAAUGCUAAUUUUAAUAGUGGUCAAAUUGAUAGUUUUACUUCACUAUCUGGAAGCAUGAGACCAAUGGUUAGAGUCAAGCAAGAAGGGCUACAUGGGCAGAUGGAAUUAACAAACAGUAGCAAUGUGGUGUCUCGGGCCGCAAGUGUGAAGCACCCUGAAGAACGUGAAGGUUCCUCUAUUCAUAGUGCUUCAGCUCAGCAGCGUGCUGCUUCCCUACCUCCUACGAAUGAUAUUAUGGGUGUAUGGAGUCAACAUAAACCUGGUUUUCCCUAUGAAAAGUCUCAAGUUCCCAGAUUUUCUUCCCAUGUUGUCCCAGGUAUGACAGCAGAAAUUCUAAUGCAGCAGUCAACAACUCCAUCACCUGGAUCAAGUUCUUUUGGCAAGAAUCAAGGAGGUGUUCCUGGUUCUUCAGGUGCACAUCAAGUAGCAGAACCACCAGCAUUCUCAAGUCCAGUGCACUAUGGUGGUACACUGUCCUCAAUUGGAAAGGCCAUGGAGCAUGAUGGAGGAAAUCCUAACAUGCUAUCUGAUGCAAAUAAAAUAGUUCAGGUUGGCAGGCAAAAUAGUGCAGGAGAAAUGAGUGUUGUGAGAGGUGCAGCUUCUAGAGAUAAUGGUAAAUCUCCUCUUCACGCAGCCUCUGGAUCAUCUGGAAUGCCGUUUAAGGAACAACAGUUAAAACAGCUCAGAGCGCAGUGCCUUGUCUUUUUAGCUUUUAGAAAUGGUUUGAUGCCAAAGAAACUUCACCUUGAAAUCGCUCUCGGAAAUACUUCACCUAAAGAAGAUGGCCCUCAAAAAGAUUUUGUUGAUUACAAAGGAAAAGCACAAUUUUCAAAUGAGCGAAAUAACAAUUCUGAUGCUAGUCUGCCAUUUAGAAGACCUAACCAUGAAACUGAUAAAAGUGCAGUUUCUAGUGGCAAACUCCUGGAGACUGACACCUUGGCAAAAGAAUCUGAGGGCCCAAAAAUGGAGGAAUGUAGUGGCCCACCUCGAGAUCAGGUUUUGCAGAAAGGAGAAGCUGAAACACAACCUCAAGAGACUGUUGCUUCACUGACAUGUUUGACUGUGGCAUCACAGCAUGCUAAUGGAGGUGCAAGACGUGAUUUAACUGUUAACCCUGCAGAAAAUAUAGAAACUGGACAUUUGCAAGUUGGAGGGGCUAACCCAGCAUCUGUAAUGGGUAUGAACAAGCAGAUAUCUGAUAUAACCAGCUGGACAGGGGUUGGCAAUCAAAAUGAAGUUUCCAGAGGACUCUUACCUCCUUCUGCUGGUCAUCCUGAGUUUGGUCCUGAAAGAAAAGAUACCACACCCAGCCAGUUCCAACAUCUUGGUAACAAUGUUUCGGGGAAUCAACAUACUGCCAAUCACCCAGCUUCUUUUGCUUCUCGAGAUCGUUGGAAACCUAUAUCUGCCAUUGCCAAUGAUCAUCACCAAGGAGUUGCAUCAAAGGAUGCUCACCUGAUGCAAAAACAUGUUUCCAAAGAACAAGUAAAGGAGAACAGCCCAGCUUCUAUUGAUUUUCCACCUUCACCAAAGUGCACAAUGUCAGAGAAGUGGAUUAUGGAUAUUCAGAAAAAGAAGCUCAUAAACGAACAAACUUGGACUCUUAAACAUCAAAAAGCAAGGGCUAAAAUUGCCACCUCUUUUCAGUUAAUGGAAAAUGUGAGCUCAUCUGAAGAUAUAUCUGCAAAAACCAAGAGCGUCAUAGAACUGAAGAAGCUGCAACUCUUGGAAUUGCAACGCCGUCUCCGGAGUGAAUUUUUGAAUGAUUUCUUCAAACCAAUCAAUACGGAGAUGGAUCGCGUGAAAUCUUUUAAGAAACAUAGACAUGGUAGGAGGAUAAAGCAACUUGAAAAGUUUGAGCAAAAGAUGAAAGAAGAAAGACAAAAGAGAAUUCAGCAGAGACAAAAGGAAUUUUUUGGGGAGCUAGAGGUUCACAAGGAAAGACUGGAUGAUGCCUUCAAAAUUAAGAGAGAGCGAUGGAAGGGUUUCAAUAAAUAUGCGAAGGAGUUUCACAAAAGGAAGGAACGUGUCCAUCGUGAGAAGAUUGAUAGGAUCCAACGCGAGAAGAUAAACCUGUUGAAGAUUAAUGAUGUGGAGGGGUAUCUACGAAUGGUCCAGGAUGCCAAAUCAGACCGUGUUAAGCAGCUUCUUAAAGAGACAGAGAAAUAUCUUCAAAAGCUUGGAUCCAAGCUACGAGAUGCUAAGGCUUUGGCAAGUAGGUUUGAGCAGGAUAUGGAUGAAAGUGGGAAUGCAAGUGUUGUAGACAAGAGUGAACCUAGUUUGGAAAAUGAAGAUGAAAGUGACCAGGCGAAGCAUUAUUUGGAGAGCAAUGAGAAAUACUAUUUGAUGGCCCAUAGUAUAAAGGAGAGUAUUGCAGAGCAGCCGUCUUAUCUUCAGGGUGGAAAAUUGAGAGAGUACCAAAUGAAUGGCUUAAGGUGGUUGGUGUCUCUAUACAAUAAUCAUUUGAAUGGUAUUCUUGCUGAUGAAAUGGGGCUUGGUAAAACAGUUCAGGUUAUAUCUUUAAUCUGUUACCUGAUGGAAGCAAAAAAUGAUCGAGGACCUUUUCUAGUGGUUGUGCCAUCUUCAGUUCUACCAGGAUGGGAAUCAGAAAUUAACUUUUGGGCCCCUACUAUUAAUAGGAUUGUUUAUUCUGGGUCCCCGGAGGAGAGGCGCAGGCUAUUUAAGGAAAGAAUAGUUCAACAGAAAUUUAAUGUCCUCCUUACUACAUACGAGUAUCUAAUGAAUAAGCAUGACAGACCUAAACUGAGCAAAAUCCACUGGCAUUAUAUAAUAAUUGAUGAAGGCCAUCGCAUAAAGAAUGCUUCCUGCAAGUUAAAUGCUGACUUGAAGCAUUAUCAGAGUUCUCACAGAUUGCUGUUGACUGGAACUCCUCUACAGAAUAAUCUCGAGGAGUUGUGGGCGCUACUGAACUUCUUGUUGCCUAAUAUAUUUAACUCAUCUGAAGAUUUCUCUCAGUGGUUCAAUAAACCAUUUGAAAGUAGUGGUGAUAGCUCAGCUGAUCAAGCCUUAUUAUCUGAGGAGGAGAAUCUAUUGAUCAUAAACCGUCUCCACCAAGUACUUCGACCAUUUGUCCUUCGGAGGCUGAAACAUAAGGUCGAGAAUGAACUACCCGAAAAGAUUGAGAGACUUGUAAGAUGCGAGGCUUCUGGUUAUCAGAAGCUUUUGAUGAAGAGGGUAGAGGAUAAUCUGGGUUCAAUUACUAAUUCAAAGGCCCGGUCAGUGCACAACUCUGUAAUGGAGCUUCGGAAUAUAUGCAACCAUCCAUAUCUCAGCCAACUGCAUGUAGAGGAGGUUGAUAACUUGAUACCGAAGCACUAUCUGCCACCGAUUAUAAGGCUGUGUGGGAAGCUUGAGAUGUUAGACCGGUUACUUCCCAAGCUAAAAGCAACAGAUCAUAGGGUUCUUUUCUUUUCCACAAUGACUAGGCUACUUGAUGUCAUGGAGGAAUAUCUCACUUAUAAGCAGUAUCGGUAUCUUAGGUUGGAUGGACAUACAUCUGGUGGCGAUCGUGGUUCCCUUAUUGAUAUGUUCAAUAAACCAGAUUCUCCUUUUUUCAUAUUUCUUCUCAGCAUUCGAGCUGGUGGUGUUGGUGUAAAUCUUCAAGCUGCAGAUACGGUGAUAAUAUUCGACACGGACUGGAAUCCACAGGUUGAUUUGCAAGCACAGGCAAGGGCUCAUAGAAUUGGCCAGAAGAGGGAUGUUCUUGUUCUUCGAUUUGAAACGGUCCAAACUGUUGAAGAACAAGUUAGAGCUGCAGCUGAGCACAAACUGGGAGUUGCUAAUCAGAGCAUUACUGCUGGUUUCUUUGACAACAAUACAAGUGCGGAAGAUCGAAGAGAAUACCUGGAGUCACUUUUGCGUGAGAAUAAGAAAGAGGAAGCUGCACCUGUGUUGGAUGAUGAUGCAUUAAAUGAUCUCUUAGCUCGCAGUGAGUCAGAAAUUGAUGUCUUUGAAUCUGUGGACAAAAGAAGGCGUGAGGAAGAAAUGGCAUCGUGGAAGAAGUUAGCAUGUGUACAAGGGAAGGAUGGUGCUGAAUCUCUGCCUCCCUUGCCUUCUAGGCUUGUGACAGAGUAUGACUUGAAGGAAUUCUGUGAAGCCAUGAAGAUAUAUGAAGUGCCAAAGACGGAUGUAGUUUCUAAUGUUGGGAUAAAACGGAAGGGUCCGUCUCUGGGGGGACUUGAUACUCAACGAUAUGGAAGGGGAAAACGGGCAAGAGAGGUUCGUUCUUAUGAAGAGCAAUGGACAGAAGAGGAAUUUGAAAGGUUGUGUCAGGCUGAGACACCUGAUUCACCUGAAAAAGUAAAGGAAGAAGUUACAGAAUCAAAUCUACUGAAAGACGAAAGUGGUUCAGGGGUAGCUGUUUAUAAGACAGAACUUCCUGCUCCACCUCCACGAGACUUGCCACCACCAUCUGUUGAGUUACCACAACAAAGCAAAGAGGUAACCCCGCCAGCUAAAAGAGGCCGUGGCAGGCCAAAAAGAGCAACACCAGAUCAAUCAGCAGCUCCUGUUCUUACAGCGCUAGCUGGAACAGUGAAAGUGGAUGCAGGGUUAGAGAUAGGACCGUUGACUAGCUGUGUAACAAAUUCGGCACCAGAUUCAUUACCUGACUCUGUUGAUAUUGAGGGUACUGGUCGAGUUGCAGGACAUACUGAUCUCGUGGCCUCACCUAGCUCUCUUCCAACAGCUCCUAUUCCUUCCAUUACUGCAACUCCUCCCUCCCAAAUGAGUGCUAUUAGCCCUUCUGCACUCACACAAGUAAGAGGAAAAGGUCGGAAAACUAAGAGUGUACAGGAAACACCCCGACGCAGGGGAAAGAAACAGGGGCUAGGAUCACCUGUUUCUGACUCAAAACAAAUUGAGCUUUCACAGAAGACAUCUGAUGAUCCGCUUGAAAAUGAAACUGUUUCUACUAUUUCUGCAGCCCAGAUUACUGCUUCUGGUGCUUUAAAAGGUGCUGAAGGGACCGAUCAUCAAUCUGGUAUUGUGAUGGUUUUGAGUUCUGAGUCCACCCGUCUAGUCCCAGCUGUUGCUCCUUCAUCUCAGCCUUCCCCUACUGUACCAGUGAAUAUGAAACUGCAAAACCCAAAGGGUCAAAGUGGUGUUGGAGCUCCCCGCCGUAGGGGGAAGAAGCAGGUGCAAGCAUCACCUGUCGUUACUGAUGCAUUGGUUAGCCAUGAUCCGACACCAAAUGUGCCUCCACUGGACAAAUCAGGGGAUUCAUGUGGAAGCAAAGACAUAGACGUGAGAAAUAAGCAAGAGGCUGAUGGUUUAGCAGGCUCUGCAUCACAAGAAAGUCCAAACCUAAAAGUGGUUAUGCCUGAAGAUUGCUCAUUUAAACCUAAGAUCGAUAAGAUUUCAGGAGAUGAAGGUUCUGCUACACCAGCUGCUGUAUCAAGUGAGACCAUUCAAGAGGUAAAUAAGAGUCAUACUCCAGAGGAGAAAACUCGUCCAGCAAUCCCAGCAUUGGUUGCUGCAUCUCCUACUUUGAGUCCUUCAAUUGGUUCCCUUCCCGAUUCUACUCCUAUGGAAAGCAUUGGCGAGGAAAAACAUCAUGUUGCUGAGAUUUGUCCCAAUUCUCAGUCAAAGCUUUGCUCUUCUGUUUCUCCUGCUUCUCAGUCUAUCCCUCUUAGCCCCUCCAAACCUUUGGAAGUAAAAAAACAGGGUCGAAAGGCUUCAAGCAGAGCCGAACCACCCCGUCGCCGGGGAAAGAAGCAGGCUUCUGUGGUACAAGCUGUUUCCGAUGGUCCAGCUACUCAAGGUCCAGAAUUAGGUUUUCAGUUGCAGGAUAUGUCUGCUGGUUUGUUAGGGAGUAAGACAGCUGCAUUGGGGAGAAAACAAGGUAUUGAUGGGCAGGAACUGGGUUUAGUUAAUCAAUCCCAGACAAAUCAACCGCAUUUAGUUAGCAGUUUGACUGACUCCGAUUCAAAAAGAAAAGAACACUCAGGUCAUCUUACCCAAAAUAAGCAGCCUAUUAAUUUAUCAUCAACAAUUGACAGUGCUGCUGGAUCCUCUGAGAAGAGUUCUACUCUGGGACGUAUCCAGACUGCUAAUGUAAACGAUGUUGCACGUGUGAUGAAAGAGGUCUUUUCUGGCACACGUUUAUCGAAAGCUAAAAUUUCUGACUCUUUUGGGAGAGAAGGUCGGGCUUCCCCACGUAUACCUGUAUCUGCUAAGACUCCUGUGGACAUGGCUGAAACCCAAAAUCUGGAGGAUAAAUCAUGUUCUGCUGUGGGAUUGAAGUUUUCUGAACCUGAGAUCGGCGAUCUUUCAACUGCCUCCAAGGGAGGCGUGGUGGUUGUUCCAGAAAAGCUCUCUGCGUCCUCCGUAGCAGCUGAAGAAAAAAAGGUAGACUGCUUACCUGUUGCCAGCCUAGUGACAGCGGAGUGUUCAAAAGGGUCUCCAGCUGAAAAGGAUUCUUUGAUGGAUUCUACCAAUACUUCUGGGAGAGUGGCAGAAAUUGAUCAGCCUGUGGUUACAUUGACCAUGGGCAGUGAUAGAGUCAUAGGCUCGUCUGAGGCAAGGCCUGUAGGCAGUUUGAAACCACAGGAGUCAGAACUUGAAUAUAAAGUUAGUGAUGCUGCUCAGGUUUCUGUGACAUUGCCAGAAAAUGUGUUUCCAAAUAUGGAUCAGCCCUUAGUUACCUCAGACAAUGGGUCUGAUAGUGUUGCAGCUUUGUCUGAGCCGGAGCCUCUAGGAGUCUCCAAGUCACCUCAGGAGUCGGACUGUGAAACCAAGGCUGGUGAUACUUCUCAGGUUUGUGAAAUGCUGCCAGAGAAUGUUUCUGGGAACCUUGAUCAGCCUGUGGUUACUUUGACCAUUGGAAAUGAUAGUGUUGUAGGUUUAUUUGAGGCACAGCCUAUGGACAGCUCCAAGCCACCAGAGGAGUUGGAAUCUGCAGCUAAAGUAGUUCAAACUUCUCAUGUUUGUGUGACAAGCACAUAUCAGUCUCCAAUCACCUUGAUCAUGGAGUGCAAUCUUGAAGGCUCUGAGGCAGGUACUAUAGGUAGCUCAAAACCUUCAGAGCCGGUGGAAUGCGAAGCUAUGUGUAAUACUUCUGAAGUUAAUGAGUCAUUGAUGGCAAAUGUGGCACAAAACCUGGAUUUUCAGCCCUCUUCUGAAACAAAAGUUGGUGAUGUUUCUGAGGUUUGUGAGACCUUAACAGAACCUGUGCCUGAAAACGUGAAAACAGAGCCAUCUACAACUGGGCAGGAGUUAAAAUCGGAAGCUAAAUUUGGUGUUGCUUCUCAGGUUUGUGAGACGGUGUCAGAAAUUGUAUCUGAAAACACAGAGUUCCAGCCAUCUUCAAUAGCGCAGGAGUUGGAAACUGAAGACAAAGUUGUUAAUGUUUCUCUGGUUUGUGAGAUGGUGUCAGAAACUGUAUCUGAAAACACGGAUUUGCAGCCAUCUUCAAUAGUGCAGGAGUUGGAAUCUGAAGACAAAGUUGUUAAUGUUUCUCAGGUUUUUGAGACUCUGUUGGAUUCGGUAACUGAAAAAAUGGAUUUGCAGCCGUCUACAACCGUCCAGGAGUCAGAAUCUGAAGCUAGAGAUGGUGAGGCUUCUCAGGUCAUCAAAACAAUGCAGGAAUCUGUAAAUAUUGAUUUGCCAACAGCGGCAACAGAACAUGAAUUGGUAUCUGAAUAUAAAGCUUUUAAGGUGUCUAAAUGUAGUGGUGAAGCAUUGCUAGAGUCUGAAUACAGGAAUUUGCAAACAUCCUCAAUGGCACGUGAGUCAGAAUCUGAAGCAAAAGUAGGUGAUGCGUCUGAGUUUUGUGAGACGUUGCUGGAGUCCGAAAACAUGGAUUUGCAACCAUCUUCAACAGUUUCACUAUCCGAAGCUAAAGUUGGUAAUGAUCCUCAGGUUGUUGGGACAUUCUCCGAGUCUGAAAAAGUGGAUUUGCAGCUGUCUUCAACUGCACAUGAGUCAAAAUCUGAACCUGAAAUUGGUGAUGUUUCUCCAGUUUGUGAGACCUUGCCGGAGUCGGAAAGUGUGAAUCUGCAGCCAUCUUCAACUGUGCAGGAGUCCGAAGCUGGAGCUAACAUUUCUGGGUCUUCUGGGAGAGAGGGUAGCGCUUCCCCUGGUGUACCUGUACCCAGUAUGACUCCAGUGGACUUGGCCGGAAACCAAUGUUCGGAGGAUAAAACAUUUUCUGGUGUGGAAUUGAAGGUUUCUGAAACUGAGAUUGGUGAUUUUUCGAAUGAGUCCAAGGUUGACAUGGUGGUUAUUCCAGAACAUGCAUCUCCGGUGAAUGUUUGCGAGUCUUUACCAUCAAAUGUGACUGAAAACAUGGAUUUCCAGCUCUCUUAUGAAGCUAAAAUUGGUGCUUCUGAGGGUUGUGAGACAUUGACAGAAGUUGUGCCUGAAGACAUGGAUUUGCAGCCAUCUUCAACAAUGCAGGAGUUCGGAUCUGAAUCUAAACUUGGUGGUGCUUGUGAGGUUGGUGAGACAUUGAUGGAAGGUGUUCCGGAUAACAUAGAUUUCCAGCCACCGUCAACAGUGCAGGAGGUGGAAUCUGAAGCUAAAGUUGUUGAUGCUUCUCCGGUUUGUGAGAGAGUGUUGGAAUCUGUACCUGAAAACAUGGAUUUACAUCCAUCUUCUAGAGUGCAGGAGUUGCAGUCUUACAGUCAAGUUAGUGAGACAUUGACAGAAAUUGUGUGCGAAAAACCAUCUUCCACAGUGCAGGCCUUGGAAUCUGAUGCUAAAGUUGGUGAUGCUUCUCAUACUCGUGAGACAGUGCUGGAAUUUGUUUCAGAAAACAUGGAUUUGCAGCCAUCUUUGAAGUCAGAAUCUGAAGCAAAAUUUGGUGUUGUUUCUGAGGAUUGUGGGACGAUAUCAGAAAUUGUAUCUGGAAACAUGGAUUUGCAGCCAUCUUCAACAGUACCUCAGUCCGAAUCUAUAGCUAAAGUUGGUGAGGCUUCUCAGGUUUGCGAGACAUUGCUAGAAUCUGAAUAUAUGGAUUUGCAGCCAUCUUCAACUGCACCAGAAUCUGAAGCUAAAGUUGGUGAACCAUCUCAGAUUUGCGAGACAUCGCUGGAGUCCAAAGAUAUCGAUUUGCAGCCAUCUUCAACUGCACUGGAAUCUGAAGCUAAAGUUGGUGAACUAUCUCAGCGUUUUGGAACAACGCCGGAGUCUAAAGAUAUGGAUUUGCAGCCAUCUUCAGUAGCACAGGAGUCUGAAGCUGAUGCGGAAGUGGGUGAUGAUGUUCCUCAGGUUUGUGAGACAUUGGAGGAGCCUCAAAACGAGAAUUUGCAGCCAUGUUCAACUGCACAUGAAUCUGAAACUAAAGUUGGUGAUGCGUCUCAGGUUUGUAUGACCUCAUCUGAGUCAGAAAAUAUGGAUUUGCAGGCAUCUUCAGCGGCACAGGAGUCUGAAUCUGAUGCGAAAGUGGGAAAUGUUUCUCAGGUAUGUGAGACAUUGCCGGGGCCUGAAAACGUGGACUUGCAGCCAUCUUCAUUAACUGUGCAGGAAUCUGAAGCUAAAGAUGGUGAUGUGUCUCAGGUUUGUGCAACAUUGCCGGAUCUCAAAGACAUGGAUUUGCAGCCAUCUUCUGCGGCUGAGGAGUCUGAAUCUGAUGUGAAAGUGGGCAAUGUUUCUCAGGUCUGUGAGACAUUGCCGGGGCCUGAAAACGUGGAUUUGCAGCCAUCUUCAUUAACUGCACAUGAAUCUGAAGCUAAAGAUGGUGAUGUGUCUCAGGAUUGUGUGACAUCGCCGGAUCUCAAAAACAUGGAUUUGCAGCCAUCUUCUGCGGCAGAGGAUUCUGAAGCUGAUGUGAAAGUGUCUGAUGGUACUCAGGUUUGUGAGACAUCACCGGAGCCUGAAAACAUGGAUUUGCAGCCAUCUCCGACUGCACAGGAAUAUGAAACUAAAGUUGGUGAUGCGUCUCAGUUUUGUGAGACAUUGCUGGAGUCCAAAAACAUGGAUCUGCAGCCAUUUCCAACAGCACAUGAGUCCCAAUCUGAAGCUAUUGUUAUAGAGUCUCAGGUUAGUGAGACAUUGCGAGAAUCUGAAAACAUGGAUUUGCUGCCAUCGUCACCAGCACAGGAGUCAAAAUCUGAAGCCAAAGUUGGUGAUUUUUCUCUGGUUAGUGAGACCUUGCCUGAGCCCGUACAGCUGGAUUUGCAGCCAUCUUUGAGAGCACAUGAGUCGGAAUCUGAAACUAAGAGUGGUGAGGGGUCUCAACUUUGUGAUGCUCCAGAGUCCCAAAACAUGGUUUUGAUAAUGCAAGAGUCUGGCAACAUGGAUUUGCAAGCAUCUUCCGCAGCACUUGAGUCAAAAUCUGACGCUAAAGUUGGUGAUGAUUCUCAAGUUUGUGAGACUUUGCCAAAGUCCGACAACAUGGAAAUGCAGCCUCCUUCGGCAGGACGUGAGUCAGAAAAUGAAGCUAAUGUUGGUGAGGCUUCUCAGGUCUGUGGGACAGUGCCAGAGUCUGUUAACAUGGAUUUCCAAUCUUCAUCAAGAGCACAGGAGGCUGAAACUGAAGCUAAAGUGGGUGAUGUUUCCCAAGUCUCUGAGAUAUUGCCAGAAAAUACGCCCGAAAUCAUGGAUAUGCCACCAUCAGCAGUAGCGCAGGAGGUUGAAGAUGUGAAGUCCACUUCUGAGGAACCAGUCGGUAGCUCAGUGGCACGAGCUGAAGUCUCAUCGGAGGAACCUGUCGGUAACUCAGUGGCACCGCCAGAAGCCGAGUGAGUGUAUAGCCUGAGUACUUUGUACAGCUUGUUAGAGCAGAAAUAUGUAAUAUAAAUCUAUUCAGUAUCUAAGGAUUGAUGUACCCUUGAUUCUUAUGGGUAUUAUACGCUAUUCAGUUAUCGAGUAGAGUAGAUACCUGUUAUUCCCUGCUGGGUUACAAAUUAGUAUUUCAAAUGAAGCUAAAUUUUAUUCAUCA